UUUGACACAUUGGCUACUUCUAGGUGUAUGUACCUCACCCCAGCCCAGGACAGAGUUCCAUGUUUUAACAGACACUUCACCAAGCAUGCUCACGGUGGCUUUUUACACACUCAGAAGCUUGUUAACCAGCUAGAGCCUUUCCCACUCCCCCUUUCCAGCCAUGCUCUUCAAAGAGCUCUAUUUACAUGCCAAGCUACAAAGCAACGUGGAAAAACUGAAGCUUUUAUGGUUCUACAGUGAGGUUUUUCACAACAUGAAGCAGCUUCUUAGACUAUUUUUUUUUCAUUUUUUUAUUUCCAAACAAGAUUUCACAGUUAAAAAAAAACAAAAAAAAACUCAGUCCACCCACAGGCUUUUGAGGAACAGUAACAGAGGGGCUUCAAAAGAAGAGAGCUCUGCGACCUUAAGCAUUGCAUUCUGAAUGAACAUCCAUGGAAAAACUGCGUACAAGUCAGAAACAAGAGUCACCAAAACCCACAUAUCCGCCAGAGUUGAAACGAUUUCUCCCAUGUUUAGGUCUGGCAUGGCUUGCCUUAUGCCAUCUUCUAUUGUACCUUUCCAAUUGCUUACUGUGUUCUCAUUUACUUCUGAGCCUUUGGCUUGAAAUCAGCUGUGUCUGAAAUCCCUUCUAGGACAAGCCACAAAGCCAGUGUUGGUCACUUCCUCAGCAGCACUGACACCAGGGGCUCCCCCAGCCCCCAACACACAAGAAUUUCUAUGUGGAACCUUUCUCCAGUUCCCCGAGAAAUCAAGUCCUAGAUUUCCACCUCAUAUUUAGCCUGUCAACCACACAGAGCAAGAACUGACACUUCAUCAGCAUCUUCUUUGUGCAGAGAUGAAAAAUACUGCCAAGAGUUCAGCAGAAACAACGAGUCUGGAUGAAGAGCCUGUGCAAAUAAAGCCCUUUAUAAAACCAGGACUAACCAAACUCGCAAGACUGAAGAUUCUCUUUGAACUACAAAUGCCAAAGGAGCACCAGACUGGCACCAUCAGUGAUGAGAUUCUGAGGAACACAGAACUGAAAAUAUUAAACCCUCACUGUUAGCAAUCCUACCCCCUCUUCUCCACAUUUCUCCCUGCAUUCCACACAACAUGAAGCAAAGGAAAAUGGUUGGAAAGCUCCAGACAGAAGAAAAUUAUACAUGCCAAGAACUUCCAGGGACAAGUCUAACUUCCUAAAAAUGACCAGGAAUUUAGUAGAAGCUUCAGCCAGCUGCAAUCUGCUGACAGAUUUCUCCUUCCUCUUUACACUGGCAGGAAAUAACUACAACCCAGCUUGUACACCUUCCAUGGAAGAGGUGGGCUCGGUAAACUCUUGGAAAACGUUCUUCAGAGAGAGAACAACGACCUUGAGCAAACACAGAAGUACAGCAAUGUAACCUCUCCAGGGACACUGCCAGGCCUUCCUCGCUUGCCAUUCCAAAAGUUUUGUUUUAAGGCCUCCCCUCCAAGUAGCCAGCACUGCUCCAUACUCCUUCCUUUCUUCCUCUCUGCCACCACUGCUGCUUCCUUUGGGUCUCAAAAAUGGUUACCAUGUCUUUAAAAAUCAAAGAAAACUAGACCAAGUUUGCAAACAGUCCUUUCUUCUCCAUUCCUUCUAAAGAUGUUAAAGUAUUCUGCAUGAAUGGAGGAAAUUAUUUUAAUUUUCUGUUUUUACCCUAGAAGGCCAGGCUUCAAAUGUUUGCUGGAACACAAGUAUUUUAAUUUAAGUUAAAUAGCCCAGCUAUUUUAAUUAACUUACAGUUUCAUAAACAUUUUUUGGAACUGGAGAUCUGAAAUAUGUGACAUUCUUCAGAAUAAUCCCCACUUAAAUCUUUCUCUGCUUUAACCACAUUUAACAUUUCUGAGUUGUCACAACAAAGUACAGUAAAACUUUUAAAAUCUGUUAACAAACUAGAGGACACAGAUACAGAAAAAAAUUAAUUCCAAUGUAUCUAGGACCCCCACGUUAUAAAUUUGCUCUUCUGCCAUACCCUGUGCAGGAACUGCUUGGAAUACUCACUCUCUUAUUUCUGUAAAUCACAAGGCACCCUUUUCACAGCCACGUAAAUAAAUAAUAAGACAUUUAGCCAGAUAAUGCAUAUUUCCACUUUGACUCAAAACUCAAGUUUUGCUCUACUCAGCGGCAGGCAUGUGAUUCCCUGGUUAUCCCUUCCACGCUCUCACUUCCAGAAGGAAUAGUGGGUUAAUGAUUACAAAAUCCAGUGCAAAGCAAAUACAGAAUGAAAGACGGGAAAAAAACCCAAACAAACCAUGGACCAUAACACUCAUGGUGUGCUCGGAGCCAGGAGCCUGCCCGGGGCCCGGAGGGACCGGGCUGCCCCGCGGGGCCGGGGCGCGGAGGGCGCUGCACCGACCGCGCCGGAGCGAACUCCGGGUCCCGAGCCCCGGCUGGAGCCGCCCAGCCCGCACCUGGCCGGGACCGCCCGGGGACAGCGCGCACAGCGGCGCUGCUGCGCACCGGCCCCGCCGACAGGUGCGCGCCCCACGGACAGGUGCUGUUUAGGACAGAGUGCAGUGCAGCUCGGCAUUCCUGACAGCUCAGUUGUUGUGCAGACUGUGCUGCCCUCAGUGCUCUGGUUGUGUUCUCAGCCCAUCUGGCAACUGCUGAAUGUGUAAAACUUUUCUUCUGGUGGCCAUGACAAAACUCCAAGCAGUAAACACAGCUUUGAGGGACAGCACCUGGCUCCACGGGAGAAUUGAUCUGACCCAACAGAGCGUUCCUCUUGAAAUAAGAAGGCCUGGAAGCAAAUGAUAUUACCAACCUUCAGUGGGCAUUUAAUUACAGUUUCUAAUUAAGAAGUCUGAAAGGACUUGAGGUGAAAAGGACUGAGAGCAGAAGAUUGUCCAUUGUGACCUGUUCCUGCAAUUUGAACCUCAUACUCUGAAAAUGACAGUGGCUGUUCCUCGUCCCCAUGUGAGAAUGGGGGGAGCUGUAAGGAUUUGGAAGCAGGUUACCAGUGCACCUGCCCUGUGGAGCCUGUAGCCUACAUGGGCAUAAAUUGUGAACUCCUCUACGAUGCUUGCAUUGAACAUUCCUGUCCUGCCCACAUGACCUGCACAAGGACUCCAGGGCUGCUGGAAUAUGAAUGCUUGUGUCCAGCUGGCUCUGCAGGGGCUGGCUGUGCCGGCGUUGAUGAGUGUGAGAGCAGCCCUUGCACAGACCCUCGGUUUGAAUGUGUAGAUAGCCCGGCCGGAUACACCUGUAGGUGCCAGCUGGGCCCCGGGGGAGAAGGCUGCCAGGCAGAAAGCUCCGUGUGCUCCAGCCAGCCCUGCCUGAACAACGGCACGUGUGUGGAGGCUCCGGGCGGGUUCCGCUGCCUCUGCCGGCCCGGCUUCAGCGGGGCCACGUGCGGGGACGACAUCGACGAGUGCGCGUCGGGGCCGUGCAGGAACGGGGCCAUCUGCAGGGACAGGGCGGGCGAGUACAGCUGCUUCUGUGUGCCCGGCUUCCAGGGCUCCAACUGCGAGAUCGACAUCGACGAGUGCGCGUCCCGGCCCUGCCGCAACCACGGCACCUGCCUCAACCACAUGGACCGCUACGAGUGCCGCUGCGCGCCCGGCUACGCAGGUGUGAACUGUGAUACUGAAAUAGAUGAAUGUGCUUCAGACCCUUGCCAGAAUGGGGCCUUGUGCAAUGAUCAUGUUGGGUUCUACACCUGCACCUGUGCACCAGGUUAUCAAGGAGCCCAGUGUGAGGUGGACAUCAAUGAAUGUGAGAGCCAGCCAUGCCAGAGCAAUGGGACAUGUCAUGACCUCAUUAACAGCUACCGUUGUGACUGCAGUGACACCGGCUUCGAGGGGGCCCACUGCGAGCUGGACAUCCUGGAGUGUGCCUCUGACCCCUGCCACAACAAUGCCACGUGCCUGGAGGGAAUCAAGGGCUACAGCUGUGCCUGCUGGCCAGGUUACACCGGGCAGGACUGCGAGGAGGACGUGGAUGAGUGUGUGACACAGCCCUGUCACAACGCUGGGCUGUGCCUGGAGCGCUCCAACCCCGCCCACUACGGGACACAGCCCCUCUUCCCCAGCAACUUCAGCUACAGCCAAGCAGCUGGGUUCCUGUGCCAGUGCCAGCCAGGCUUUACAGGGGAGACCUGCUUUACCAACAUCGACGAGUGCGAGUCCCAGCCCUGCCAGAACGGGGGGCUCUGCCAGGACCUGGUGAAUGGCUUCCUCUGUCAGUGCCUACCUGGUUAUUCAGGUGUGGAAUGUGCUGUCAACAUCAAUGAGUGUGAGGAGGGGCCCUGCAAGAAUGGAGCUGUCUGUGAGGAUGGCAUUGCUGACUAUUCCUGCCACUGUGCCCCUGGCCAGGAUGGCAUCACGUGGGGAGGGAAGAACUGCUCUGUCCAGCUCACCGGGUGCCAGACGCACGACUGCCAAAACGAGGCCUUGUGCAUCCCAACCUACCAAGCUGAGAGCCACAGCCACCUGUGCCAGUGCCAGCCUGGUUUCUAUGAUGCCACCUGCUCGACUCCGACAACGUUUUCCUUUGCUUCCAGAGGGUAUCUCCUCAUUGAGCUGGAGAACAGUGAGAGCAGGAGGGGCGCAGGAGCAGCCAGCGUCUCCCUCCGCUUCCGAACCACUUUGCCCAGCGCUGUCCUUUUUUACCGAGGCAGUGAAGCUGAGUUCUUGUUCCUGGAGCUCCUGGAUGGCAUCCUGCGUGCAGAGCUGAGGAGGGAGAGUGUUGGGUACCCGCUGCUCCUCAAGGGGCCGAGAGUGGACGAUGGACAGUGGCAUAAAGUGGAAGUUGUUGUGCACAGCACGGUGCAGCUGAAGCUCUGGCAUGGCUCUUGUGAGGCCGGGCUCUGCCUGCAGAGCUCUCCUGUUCCACAGGGCACUGCUUUGAUCCCUCCAGCCUUCCUGAAUCUGUAUAUUGGAGGUGCUGAGGAUCCAAUGGCCAACAACACACGGAGCCAGCAAGGCUUUGUGGGCUGCCUGGAGGAUUUGCAGGUGGAUGCUGAGGCCGUGCUGCCGGCGGAUCUGCCGCUGGGGGAGUCGUCCCCGGUGACGCUGGGCUGUGACCGCACAGAGUGGUGCCUCUCCCAGCCCUGCUUCCAUGGAGGGCUCUGUGUGGACCUUUGGGCCACCUUCAGGUGUGACUGUGCCAGGCCCUAUGGAGGCCCAGCUUGCUCCUAUGAGCACCCAGCAGCAACAUUUGGCCUAGAGAAUUCCACCAGCUUUGCCUCUUUCAACCUUUCUGACAGCCUCGGUGCAGAUUUCAACCUCUCCUUUUUCCUGCGGAGCCGAAAGCCCGAUGGUUUGUUACUGCAGGUCUGCAAUGGGACAGGCCCCUGCCUCACCCUGUACCUGAGGGAUGGCCAGCUGAGCAUAGAGACAUCACCUACGGACACUGUGACCUUUCCAGGGAAUCUGGUUGAUGGGAGAAGACAUUUGGUAGCCCUGUCUUUCCAGGGAGGCUCUGUUGGUGCUCUGCAGUCAGACACAUUUGUGGAGCUGGGCCAGCUGCCAGCACAAGCCCUGGGAGCUGGCUCUGAGGUGUUUAUUGGGGGACACCCGAACCCCGACAGUGCUGAGCUGUGGGGGGGCUAUUUCAAGGGCUGUUUGCAGGACAUGCAACUCAACAGCCACCAGAUACAGUUUUUCCAGGUGGAGAAUGACAGUUUGCCAGAGGAACUCAAUAGGACUCAAACUGGAAAUCUUGUGAAUGGCUGCAUCUCUGAUGAUACCUGCAAGUCUGAGCCAUGUCAGAAUGGUGGCAGAUGCAUUGUCACUUGGAAUGAUUUCCAUUGCAGCUGUCCAGCAAAUUUCACUGGGAAAUUUUGUGAAGAGAAAGUCUGGUGUGAAAGUGACCCAUGUCCUGAAGCCACCACCUGCAUAGACGUUGUGGCAGGAUAUGUGUGUCUGGCUAAUGCAACAUUUAAUAGUCAUGCUGCCAUAGAAUUUACCGCCAACACAUCGGUGACCAGAACUCUGAGCAGCCUCCACGUGGACUUCAGAACCAGAGAUGAAGAUGCUGUUUUGCUUCGGGCUGUGGAAGAGGUGGAUUCCCUCCAGGUAGCCAUUAAGAAUUCCUCCCUGCUCGUUGACAUCAGGAGUGGGAACAGCAUCGAGGGUGUCAGCUUCCUGAGCCCGCAGCCCGUGGCAGACGGGGCCUGGCACAGCGUCUCCGUGUCCAUGGAGGAGCCGGCCGCGCUCUCUUCCCGGUGGCUGCUCCGCUUGGACGGCUCAGCGAACGCGACUCUGCAGGGAAGCGCCGGCAACUUGGACUUCCUCAAGAAAGACGCGUUGGUCGUUUUGGCCGAGAAUUUCACCGGCUGCCUGGGCCGGGUGCAGAUCGGGGGGAUCUUCCUGCCCUUCCCGGCCCACCAGCCGUACCCUCAGCCCGAGCAGUUCCAGCGGGCCGGCCCGGGCAGCGUCCGGCUGGGCUGCUCCGGGGCCGACGUGUGCGCCUCCAGCCCCUGCCUCAACGCCGGCACCUGCGAGGAUCUGUUCAACUCCUUCCGCUGCGGCUGCAGCGCGGGCUGGGCCGGGCAGCGCUGCGAGGCCAACAUCGACGACUGCCAGCCCAGCCCCUGCGUGCACGGGGACUGCGUGGAUGCCGUGGCAGAUUUCCAGUGCGAAUGCUUCCGGGGAUUCAUCGGGAAGAGGUGCGACAUCAACGUGGACGACUGCGUGCGGCACCAGUGCCUGAACGGAGCCACCUGCAUCGACGGCGUCUACGGAUACUCCUGCAAAUGCCCCCCUCAGUACUCCGGACCUCGCUGCGAGUGGCCGUUCCCCCCUCAGCAGUGUGGCAAGAACUUCACCUGCCUGAACGGUGGUCGGUGCAUCACGGAGAGCUGGGGAGCCAACUGCUCCUGCAGGCCUGGCUUCACUGGGAGGAACUGUCAAAUCAACAUAAAUGAGUGUGACCCGAACCCGUGCCAGAACGGGGGCACAUGCCAGGACUCUGAGAACAGAUACGAGUGCGUGUGCAGCGCCAGCUACACCGGCGAGCGCUGCGACAUCAACAAAGGGACUCCAGGUGCUCUCUUCCCCUCCCCACUAAUUGAAGUAGCUGUCCCUGUAGCCUGUGGCUCUGUGCUGCUCCUCAGUAUUGGUCUCAUAUUCAUGGUUCUCACGGCAAGGAAGAGGCGCCAGUCCGAGGGGACCUACAGCCCGAGCCAGCAGGAGGUGGCAGGAGCUCGGCUGGAGAUGGACAGUGUCCUAAAGGUGCCACCCGAAGAGCGCCUGAUCUAG